UCCUGUUUCACGUAGGAAAAGACAUUUGAUGUGGAAAAUCAGCUGGUACCAUACCCAAUAUGAUCUAGAAUCAGCUGUCACAGUCACUUCCACUUUCUGAAUGAACGGCGGUGACAUCCCACCUGCGCCUCUUCACGGUCCAUGAGAGGAAGCUCAAGGUUCCCAGUGCAACCAUGCCCGUCUCCCUGCUAUGGGCGGUGGAUGUGUACGGGCGGGUCUACAGCCUGUCCACGGCAGGGCAGCAGUGGGAGCAGUGCCGUGAUGCCCAGAUGGAGUUCAAGCGGGUGACGGCAGCUCAGCAGUGCUGCUGGGGCAUUGCCUGUGACAAUAACAUAUACCUGAAUGUCCACGCUUCAGACCUGCCGGUCCGCUACCAGGAAGAGACCUACGAGAAUCAACGAUGGAAUCCUGUCGAUGGUUUCUCGGAUCGUUUGUUGCCAAGCGACCGCUGGCAGUUGAGUGAUGUCACGGGUCUGCAACACCAACCUCUGGACAACUUCCGGCUUCCCUCCAGCAGCUGGGAGUGGGAGGGUGACUGGUACGUGGAUGAAAACUUUGAGGGAGAGCCCACAGAGAAAGAGGGGUGGAGCUACGCCAUUGACUUCCCUGCCACCUACACCAAAGACAAGAAGUGGAACUCCUGUGUCCGUCGCAGGCGAUGGCUCCGCUACAGGAGGUACAAAGCCAUGGAUACCUGGGCUAAGAUCCCCUCACAGCAGACGACUCUACCAGAUCCCUUCAGCGACAUCAGCUGUGGCGGUUGGGAGAUCAAUGAGGAGCCCAGAGGACGGCUGUCACUGUGGGCUGUGUCCCUGCAGGGCAAGGUGUGGUUCAGAGAGGGAAUCUAUCACCACAAUCCUGAAGGCUCUUUGUGGGAAGAGGUGCCUCUCCCUGGGGAGGUGGUCCAGAUCAGCUGUGGCCCAGGGGAUCUGGUCUGGGCGGUGCUGUGGGAGGGGCAACUCAUUGUCAGGGAGGGCAUCGGCCGAGACUGCCCCAAAGGUACCUCCUGGGCCAUGGUAGACUCUCCCAGUCCUGAUGUAGGAGCCACACAUGUAGCUGUGGGAGUCAAUGUUGUUUGGGCUUUGACCAAGGACAACAAAGUGUGGUUCAGACGCGGCGUGAACUCCCACAACCCCUGUGGCUCUGGCUGGAUCAGCAUGGUGGGAGAAAUGAUCAUGAUCAACGUAGGACUCAAUGAUCAGGUGUUGGCUAUCGGCAGUGAGGAUCGGGCGGUGUACUUCCGACAAGGUGUGACCUCUAGUGAACUGAGUGGGAAAACCUGGAAGGUCAUCAGCGUCCCCCGAGACGGAGACCGAUCCCACUCCAGUGCCAGUGCACACAGCCUGCAGAGUGCUGGAUGCUACUUCUGUGGAGAGGUGCGUGCUCAGUCACUAGUGAGUGAUGUGGAGUCAGACACAGAGAAAGGAUCUACUGAUGGAGCUAGCUGCAUCAUCACCUCUUCCUCCCCAGAGUCCUUUGUUGAUGCCCCCACAGAACACUCUGACCAACCUAUUGAGACCCCCAAAUCCCGCAUCCCCAAAGUCACCAGCGACAGCUUCAUCUCUGAACUCGUCUCUGACCGAGGACCAGGAAAGACCUCAAGAGAGGUAAGGUCUGCCGGCCCAGCUGUUCUGGAGGAGGAGACCAUACCUCUAGAAGGAGAGGUCAAAGCCCCAGAUGUUGGUGUAUCUCUUUCCCCCAGCCAGUCUGUAGGUCCUCUUGACCCCCAGUGGAGUAACGUGGAUCUGGAGGAGGCGCAGGGCCAGCAGGCCCAGACCGGAGCAGUGGUGGACACAGCUGACACCAGCAGCUUGUCAUCAGUGGCCACAUUCACUCUGGCCAUGGAGGACCCAUAUGGGGUAGAUGAGCACCCUAUGUGGGCGUGGGUCAGUGGAGGAGGCUGCUCUGUGGACAGUCACACCCAACUCAACUGGUUCAACUGUUCUAUGAACACCUCAUCUAUGGUCCAGUCAGUUCAGUCCAUGAGUCUGUCUGUCACCCCAGCCCAGACAGCAGCCUGGCGAAAACAAAUCUUUGAGCAACUCAGUGAGAGGACCAAAAGAGAGAUGGAUAAUUUCAGACAUUAUGAACAAGCCAUAGAACAGUCUGUGUGGGUGAAGAAGGGAACCAUGCAGUGGUGGAGAGACUGGAAGCCACACAAGUGGAUAGAUGUUCAUUUUGCUCUGGAGCAGUUCUCAGGACCAGAGGGCAACAAGGAUGGCAUCCUUUUCAUCUAUUACAACUUUUAUGAGGAGAAGAAGUACCUUCAUGCCUUCGUCAAUGAGGUCACUAUCCUGGUUCCUGUACUUAAUGACUCCAAACACAGUUUCGCCAUCUAUACUCCUGAGCGGACCAAACAGAGGUGGCCAAUCAGAUUGUCAGCUGCCACCGAGCUAGAGAUGCAUGAUUGGCUGGCGUUAUUGAGCGUGUCGUGCUGCGACUCCAGGGGGAUCCAAGGUCCUCCCUCCAAACAGGCCAUCUGGUCCAUCACCUGUAAAGGGGACAUCUUUGUCAGUGAGCCCUCUCUUAGUCUGGAGGCCAUGCCUUACCCCACACCAUGCGACCAGAUGUUCUGGCGGCAAGUUGGAGGUCACCUACGUGUGGUGGAGUGUAACAGUAUUGGCAUAGUGUGGGGGAUUGGAUACGACCACACUGCCUGGGUCUACACUGGGGGUUAUGGAGGAGGCUUCUUCCAGGGACUGGCCAGCAGCACAGAUAAUAUUUACACACAGGUGGAUGUCAAGAAUGUCUACAUAUAUGAGAACCAGAGAUGGAACCCUGUCACCGGCUACACCAACAGAGGGCUACCUACAGACCGCUACAUGUGGAGUGACGCAUCAGGACUACACGAGUGCACGAAAACAAAUAUGAAACCACCCUCCCCUCACUGGACGUGGGUAUCUGACUGGACUAUCGACUACAGCGUCUCUGGUGGGACGGACAAAGAAGGCUGGCAAUAUGCAGCUGAUUUUCCAGCGUCAUAUCAUGGCCAUAAAACGAUGAAGGACUUUGUGCGUCGCAGGCGAUGGGCCAGGAAGUGUAAACUGACCACCACAGGACCCUGGCAAGAAGUUCCGCCUAUACCCCUGAGUGAUGUAACCAUCCUGCCGUGUGCAGCUCAGAGCAGCGUGGAUGUGGUUCCUCUGUGGGCCAUCAGCAACAAGGGAGACGUGCUCUGCCGACUGGGAGUCACCGCACUGACACCUGCUGGAUCUUCGUGGCUCCACGUGGGAACUGACCAGCCUUUUAAGUCCAUCUCCAUCGGAGCUGCCAGCCAGGUUUGGGCCAUCGCCAGGGAUGGUUCUGCCUUUUACAGGGGAUCUGUCUCUUCACAGAGCCCAGCAGGAGACUGUUGGUACCACAUCCCCUCCCCAUCCAAACAGAAGUUGAAGCAGGUGUCUGUCGGGAGGACAUCAGUCUACACUGUAGAUGAAAAUGGUAACCUGUGGUACCGGCAGGGCGUAACCCCCAGCUACCCUCAGGGAUCCUCCUGGGAACACAUCUCUAAUAAUGUACGCAAGGUCUCCGCAGGUCCUCUGGACCAGGUGUGGAUCAUAGCGGACAAGGUGCAGGGCAGCCACAGUUUGAGCUGUGGAACGGUGUGCCAUCGACUCGGAGUGCAACCUCUGGAGCCUAAAGGACAGUCGUGGGACUAUGGCAUUGGGGGUGGAUGGGACCACAUCACAGUGAGAGGGAACUCCAUGGAGCCGCCCCGGGUCCAUCUUCCCUCUCUAACAGAGAGGACCCCCCUCCCUGUCAGGAACACGGAGAUCAACAGCAGUGCUGUGGGAUGCUAGACACACACACACACACACACACACACACACACACACACACACAUAGGCAGACACAUACUGUACAUAGAUAUCCUAAAUAUUGCCAUUGUAGUAAACCUUUGUAGAUAAUUCCACCCCAGACAGCCUUUAGUCUUCACGUCACUGCAGCUGUCGUAACAGAAAGAUUUUGGGGCAUUCAGAACAAUCUGAAAUGCUGAGCUGAAUUUGUCUCCUUCUGUCUGAAGACAACCUCUAGUCUUAUGGUGUGUAUGUUGUUCAUUUUACUAAACAUUCAUCUCCUUUGUACCAGCAUUUCUGUUAAUUCUGUUUGCCAUUGCUGUUUUUGUUUACUGACACUGAACUUGAUGGUCUUAAUGUAUUUUUCUUAUUUAUUCAUUAGAGUAUGAUGUUUGUGUGGUUUCUGUGUUUAGAUUAUCACAUGUAAGGUGAAGGCGGAAGGGAUGCUUUGAACAAAUGUGUUUUUUGAAAAGGGAAAAGAAAUAGUGUACUUUAAUGACAGCGGCUUAGCUGCUGAACUGUCAGCUCCAGGCCUGGUAUUGUGUAUAAAAUAAAAAGUUUAAUCUUAGCCUGUAGUCAACAGGUUGACACAUGUUCCAACAGAGUAAAGCCUGAUUACUCUGGAAACAGAAGAAUUGAUAACUGGAUAAUUCAGACAGGACAAUGUUUGAUCCAUGUCUGCUAGUCUACACUGGAAUAACGUUUAAACUACUGACUGUGGAAAAACAUGGAUAGCAUCUGUUUCUAAUUUCGUAGGUUUUUGAAAAGUUAUUGUUGCAACAAUGCUGCCAGUUGUUUUGAGGAAGAAAAUCUAAUUUAGGAUAAUAUGGUGAAACCUGUGUGAAGUAGAGUUUGAGGGCAAGAAGGCUGUUUAAAGGUCCAGUGUGUAACAUUCAGGAGGAUCUAUUUUCAGAAAUGGGUAUGCAAAGGUAUGUUUUCAUUAGCGUAUAAUCACCUAAAUACAGAAAUGAUUGUCUUUUUGUUACCUUAGAAUGAUGCUGUUUUUAUCUAUGGACACCGUGGGUCAACCAAACACUGGCUGUAUAUCGGGCCUUUCGUGUUUCGUGGUCACGGUACUUUCUCCUACACACUUAACAGCCUGUUCUCAUUCCCAGGUCAUUAAAUAGAGAUGAGCGCAGUGUUCAGUUAGUUGCAGUCUGCAACUUCACCACUAGAUGCCACUAAUUCUUACACACUGGUCCUCUAAUGGUACAAACAAGACCUUUUAACUUGUUAAAAAUAAAUAUUGACCCUAUAUUUCUUCAGGGAAUUUGGAGGUUUUCCAAUUAACUUCCAAUACAGUUAGAUUUUUGUUCUUAUUUAUAUUAUGGGGUUUUUUUUGGAGCCAGAACAUAGAAGCUGUAACAAGUCCUGCACUGGCUUUAUUUACCUGUCGUAGAGUGAUGUUUUAUAAAGAUUUUAAUGUUGUUUUCUAAAAUAUGGUGUCAUUCUUCUGUUGCUGUCAUGGAGCAUGUGCAAUGGUUAGCAAUGUAAAUAAGUUGGAAAUUAUGAAUUACUUGUAAAAGUCUUGUGGUAAAAUGCUAAAACUGAACCUUCCUCUUUCUCAGGAGAAUGUUUGCAUUUGCACACCGCCUACUUCCUUUGGCCUGAUGGUAGAAUGACUGAGCAGGGAGAAAAAAAAACGUUAAAAGAACACUAUAUUUUUGUUAUAAGUCUGUAAGAUAUUAUUAUUAUACAGUAAGUAUUGUGGUAAUAUAUAAGAUGAAGUCGUGUUUGUACAUUGAACAAAGAGCAAUGUAUUAAAAAAGACAUAUUUCCAUUAAGACAUAUUCAUUACCACAUACACUGAUGAAUUGCAUCUGUUCAGGCAUUAAUUUAUGUUAACGGCUGCCUAAAUUACCCCAUAUUUUCAAAAUAUGAUGCAGCAUUUGGAAAUGUUGAAAGUGUACAGAGCUAUGUCUGUAUUAUCUGUGAAUAACUGUUACUGUAACACAUCAGUGCUGUUGACAUUGUGGAGUACAUUUCUUAAGUGUUGUGCAUGGUCAAAAUAACAGUCCUUGUCAAUAAAUAAAUGUUUAUUGAUAAUAACUCUUCAAA